AAAAACGUUCCUUUUCAGUGUCCUCUCACUUUCUUUCGAAGAAGGAACCUUCAUUCACUUUUCGAUUUCGAUCGCUGCUUCUGCUUCGAAGAACGAAUCAAACCCUAGAAAAUACGACAACAACGACUACCAAAUACGACCUGGUUCCUCAUCUAUCUCUCUCCAUCAUAACCUCUUCAAAAUCUCCAAAGCGAUGAAACCGGUUCAAUCGCCACCAGGAUUAUCCGUCCCGGUUAAGAGCCGUCCCCGCCGCCGCCCAGACCUCUCCUUACCUCUCCCUCAACGCGACGUCUCCCUCGCCGUCCCUCUCCCCCUCCCACCGACUUCCGCCGGCUCCUCCUCCUCCGCUCCUUCCUCAACCUCCUCCAACAACAAUCCCAAAACCUACUCAGAUCUAGAGCGCUGUAACCGGAUCGGGAGCGGAGCAGGCGGCACCGUCUACAAAGUGAUCCACCGUCCCACCUCCCGCGUGUACGCUCUCAAGGUGAUCUACGGAAACCACGAGGAGACCGUCCGUCGCCAGAUCUGCCGAGAGAUCGAGAUCUUGCGAGACGUGAAUCAUCCAAACAUCGUGAAAUGUCACGAGAUGUUCGAUCAAAACGGCGAGAUCCAGGUGUUGCUUGAGUUUAUGGAUAAAGGAUCUUUAGAAGGUCAUCAUGUGUGGAAAGAGAGUGACUUAGCUGAUUUAUCUCGUCAGAUCUUAAACGGUUUAGCUUAUCUCCACGGGCGUCAUAUUGUUCAUAGAGAUAUUAAGCCUUCGAAUUUACUUAUAAACUCGGCCAAGAAUGUCAAGAUUGCUGAUUUCGGGGUGAGUAGGAUCUUGGCGCAGACCAUGGAUCCUUGUAACUCAUCUGUUGGGACCAUUGCAUAUAUGAGUCCCGAGAGGAUUAAUACUGAUUUGAACCAAGGGAUGUAUGACGGUUACGCCGGGGAUAUUUGGAGCUUAGGUGUUAGCAUUCUAGAGUUUUUCUUGGGGAGGUUUCCUUUUAAUGUGAGUAGGCAAGGUGAUUGGGCGAGUCUCAUGUGUGCUAUUUGUAUGUCUCAGCCUCCCGAAGCUCCCGCGACUGCGUCACGGGAGUUUCGGAAUUUUAUUUCGUGUUGCUUGCAGAGGGAGCCGGGGAGGAGGUUGACUGCCAAUCAGCUUUUGAAGCAUCCGUUCAUACUUAGAGGUGCGAGUCAGGGGCAGAACAGGUCUCCUCAGAAUCUGCAUCAGCUCUUGCCUCCUCCUCGUCCUCUCUCUUCGUCUUCUUCUUCCCCGACCACGUAGCGUUUGAUCACUGGUCAGUGGUCAGACUCUUUGUCGUUUGAGGUAUUGGUUACUUUGUUCUUGAAUGUUGUUCAAUUUUUUGCGUAAGCUUUGUGUAACUUAUCAAGAAAGGGCAAUGACUUUGCUUUGUAUCCUUAAUGUAGCUGUUGUUGAAUUUUCAUAAAGGUUAUACCUUUUUCUCUGUUAUUUUGCCAUUUUAUGCUUCUUGAUUUGCACCUUAAGCCUCAUGAACAAAAAAUGGUUUCUAUCCUUUUAUGGCCAAUGGCUUGACUGAUCAGGGUAUAGUUUUGUCUGAUAAUGUUCUACACUAAAGCUUUGAUUAGACGAACUAUGUCGUUAUCUUUAAUGUAACUGAAGUCUGAAGGCAGAGCAACCCGUAACUCCAACUCAUGUUUUGAUUUUAA